GUGUGUAGCUAGUUUGUUAUAAAAUAUAAUUUAACACGCUAUCUUUUUUCGUCAUUUAAUCAUUACCGACACUAAAUACAUACACGUAAUAAAGUAAAAUUAACGUUGGAAUUAUCUCGAAUAGAAUUGUUAUAUUAUCAACCAAUAUAACCUAAAAAUACCCAAGCCGUGUUAAAAUGGGUGAGAGAUACAAUAUCCACAGUCAACUAGAGCAUCUUCAGAGCAAAUACAUCGGCACCGGGCACGCCGACACCACGAAGUACGAAUGGUUAACGAACCAGCACAGGGAUUCGUGCUGCAGUUACAUGGGCCAUCCAGAUUUGCUGAGCUACUUCGCUAUUGUAGAAAAUGAAUCUAAAGCUCGAGUGAAGUUCAACUUAAUGGAGAAAAUGCUACAGCCGUGCGGCCCGCCGCCGGAGAAGCCUGAAGAUUAAUUCUAAGUGUGCACUAAGCUGUUCUUUUAAAUCUGCUCAGAUAUUCUCUUAGAUUGGAAUUACUUUAUAUUUAAUUAGUGAAAAUGUGUAGCAAAUAGAAAUGAGAGGACUGGUACUUUUC